CCGAGGUUUCCUGCCGGCGUCCUUGCUUUUCGACGGCGACAACUAUGGAGGCGUUCAGUCUAAGAUUUGAAAGUGCUAGCAGUAUCGAAGAGGGAAAAGAACAGACCGGUAUUGCCAGGGCCGAGUUGUUACGCCAGGCCAAACAUAAUUUUGAAAAAGAACAAAGGGGUGAAGAACGUAGGCGAUUUCGAGAUGAGGACACAUGGAUGCCUCCUGAUGUGCAUGAGCGAAUUGAUCAGUUCUCACAGGAACAUUCUGAGAAGAAAAAGAAGAAAAAGGACAAGCAUUCAAAAAAAGUGAAGAAAGAGAAGAAAAAGAAGAGGAAGAAACAGAAAUGUCAGAAACAGAGUGAGUCGACUGACAGCUCCGCAAGCUCUGAAGACGAGUGGGUUGAGGCUGCUCCCUCCCAGAUACCUGACAAAGAAAAGACCUGGAAAGUGAAAGACAAAAGGACAGAAAAAGAAUGUGACAGCCACGAUAUUCAGCGUGAUGAGUGGAUGACUGUUGAUUUUAUGUCCAUUAAAACUGUGUCCUCAUCAUCACUCAAAGCUGAAAAGGAAACUCUAAGACAAAUAGAGCGGGAGAAAACCCAAGUGUUAGAGCAGUCCAAACUGCUCGAAAGAGAAUUGAAUCCAUACUGGAAGGACGGGGGGACAGGUCUCCCAUCAAAAACCUGUAUACUCCCAGUUACUAAAGCUACAGGAGUGGAGGAUGGCGGAUUAAGCUGGCUAAGAAAGUCUUGUCAAAGAAUGAAGGAACAAGCUCAAAAAGAAAACAGAAAAUUUGAAGAUAUUGUAGCUGAAAAAUACGGGUCAAUGGAAAUAUUUCAGUCAAAAUUAAAAGAAGCCGAAAAAAUUGCAUACAAAAGAGAAGACUGUGGAUGGGAACGGUGGAGAAAGCCUGCAUAUUCAGAUACAGCACAGUGUAGUCAAGCAAGUGGCACAUCAGACUUAGUGAAAUGUAAAAAUCUCUCAGAGGACAGCCACCUGGAAAUGGGGCCAGCAAAUAGCAGCAACUAUAAGUUUAGUGGUCCUGACACAGGGAAGAGAUCUGGGACUUUACAAACCUGUAGAAGGGAAUCUGCCCUAAGAAAAAGCCAAGAUUCUUCUGGAAAUUUGAGAUCUAAAUUCUUAAGACCCUCUGAUGAAGAUGAAUUGUCAUUUCACAAGAGGAAAAAUUUUGAAUCUUCUACUUCAUAUUCUCCAUUAGUGGCUCAGGCUUCUUUGCAUUGUGACUUUCGAAAACUCACAGAGAACAGUGAAGAAAGUUCAACAUCCUGGAGUCGAUCUGAUGGGCGACAAGAAAACACAAAGCCUUCAGAUAAAAAGCCAUUAGAAACCUGGAGCUACAAUGCCAAUCAGCACUCUACAGGAGGUAGAAGAGAACAGUUACAGGCUGAGAGCAUGAGUUGUGGUCCACCAGGAAGAGGACUUCAGCAAGACAUGACGUUGACAAUCGCUGGUCCAGAGGCAGAGUCCACCUGUAUCUUAAAUGUUGAUGAAAAGAACAAGUUGGGGGCCAAGAUUAUCAAGGCAGAAAUGAUGGGGAAUAUGGAAUUAGCUGAACAACUUAAAGCCCAACUUAAAGAGGCAAAUAAAUUUAAAGAAACACAGAUACCGGCAAAAAGAUUGGGCGUAGAGCAUGAAGAUGAACAAGAAGUAAUCCUUAUUCAAACAGAUAAGUCUGGAAGAAUGUGGCCUGUGAGCAGCCCUAGAGAAACCCUGGAUAUGAAAGCAGAAAGAAGGAAGAGAAAGAGAGUUUCAACCCAUGAGGAUAAAGAAAGGAUUAGAUACUUUCCUGAUGAUGAUCAUUUGAGCCUCAAAGAUUUAGUCAAGAAUGAGAAAAUGGGAACAGAUAUCAACCAAAACAGACUUUUCAUGAAAAUGGCAUCUAAGUUUAUGGGAAAAUCAGAUGAAGACUAUUAUACUCUGGAUGACAUGUUUGUCUCCAAAGCAGCUGAGAAAGAGCAUCUUGGUAAGAAGGAAGAGAGCCAGAGGAGAAGAGCAAUUGCUGAGCACCAGAGUCUUGCUGCAAAAAUGGCAAAGUGCCUUUACUGUUUUGACAGCUCUCAGUUCCCCAAGCACCUUAUUGUUGCAAUUGGUGUGAAGGUUUAUUUAUGUUUACCCAAUUUCCGGUCUCUUACUGAAGGACACUGUUUCAUAGUCCCUCUGCAACAUCAUCAAGCAGCCACUGUAUUAGAUGAAGAUAUCUGGGAGGAGAUUCAGAUGUUUCGAAAAUCAUUGGUAAAAAUGUUUGAAGAUAAAGAAUUGGAUUGUAUCUUUUUGGAGACUAACAUGGGUUUGAAGAAACACUAUCAUAUGGUUUAUGAGUGUAUCCCUCUCCCAAAGGAAGUGGGUGAUAUGGCUCCCAUCUAUUUUAAGAAAGCCAUAAUGGAAUCUGAUGAAGAAUGGUCCAUGAAUAAGAAGUUGAUUGAUUUGUCUUCAAAAGAUAUUAGAAAGUCUGUGCCCAGAGGAUUGCCUUACUUUGCUGUCAACUUUGGCCUUCAAGGAGGUUUUGCCCACAUCAUUGAAGAUCAGUACAGAUUCCCUCAUUACUUUGGAAAGGAAAUCAUUGGUGGUAUGCUGGAUCUAGAACCUAGACUAUGGAGGAAGGGGAUCCGAGAAAGCUUUGAGGACCAGAGGAAGAAAUCAUUACAGUUUGCUCAGUGGUGGAAACCAUAUGAUGUCACCAAAAGUAAAAGCUCUUAAGUGUAGGUUAUGUUUCAUUUUCUAUGCUGAACCCAUUCAGUUUAUGUCUAUUAUAUUUACAAACAACUGUGCCUUGGGCUCUAGGGAAAGCAGCAGCAGCAGCAUCUGGCCACUCUAGUCACUGACACCCAUAUUAGGUCAAGCUGUUUUCUUCCUCAUGGUUCCUGGAAACAUGGUUUGGGUGACUGUGGAGUAAGAGCAACUGUAUCAAUAUUAUGGGCUCACAUUUCAUUCUGUGUCUACUACAUGUACCAAAUUACUCAGUUACUCUAGAGACGGACUUGCUUCUAGAGGUCUAGCAAGGCUACCGAGGAAAGUGGGUCUGCUUCCAGGUAGAAUGUGCCACCUAGCUUCUUUUGUGCUUUUUAAACAAGACUGGAUGUAUUCAGUACUAAUUGAAGUUUAUUUUCAUAGUUUCAUGGAAGAGUUUCUUUACUAGUAGUAUAUAGUACCACUAUGUAUUAUCUUGGUUUAGAGAAAAGGAUUAAAGAAUUAAAUGAUAAGGAAAAUAUUCAUAAAUACAAACUUGUUUGUUCUAGACCUUGAAAUAGUCUGAAUUUUGUUAACCAUAAAAACAGUUGUUCUAAAUAACACAAUUUUCAGUUGUUUGUAGUUCAUGUAAAUCUAAAGUCUGUAGCCAAAUCAUUGUAUUGGGAUUGUAAUGCCUCAAAUAUUAAAGUAAAUGUCCAGGAGAUGUUCUGUUGUUCCAACUUGAUUAAAGGUACUUAAGUUUUACUGUUCUCAAUAUUUGAUCUUGAGAAAAGCUUGGUUUUAUAAAAUAUGAAUUGUAUUCUUUUUAAACAUGCUUUUAAAAAACCAAAUGUUUUGUUAAUGCCUAGAUAAAGGGUGCCACAGACUAACUCAUUAUAUGUUUAUUUUAAUGUCAGGUUGUAAAUGUUUCCAUGUAUGUUGUUUGUAUGUUACAAAGGCAACUGCUCUUUUUUCAAAUUUCACAAAUGUGUUGAAGCUUAAUAGUUUUAAUUUUCAAUACUUAUAAAAUACAUCUAAAUGUGUGUGUAUAUAUAGUAAAACAGGUGUGAUGGCUAUUAUAGUCUUUUCAACUACUGGCUUUGCCACAGUCUUAUAUUCAUUUUUAUAAUUAGUGAGUUAAAACAUUUGAUUAUAGAGUGCUAUGUUAUGUUGAUAGUUAAAAAAUUAUAAAUACUCCUGCCUCAAAGUAUACUGAAUCUGUAGCAUUUCUGUCCCACCUGAACUGCUUUUGUCCUGGCUCUAGUUACUUGUUGAUGCGCACUCAAUUUCUCAAAACUUCUAUUAUUUGUAAUAGUAGCGAUUAUCUUUUAUUUUAUGGCUGGGGCUUUUUUAAAAA